GCACUCAAAACUACUUCUGCGGCACUUCCGGGUACAUCAGGUACGGCUCCAGGUGUUUCCAUGGCGACACGCUCUUCACACGCUUUUCUUGCUGUUUUAAUUUUGUUUUUUCUUCGUCGCCGUUCGUGUUCCAGAACAACAACAACAGAGAGGAAAUAUUUUGUGAAUCGUGAUAUAAUCAGAGCAGUGCUGUCUGCUGUCUGUUAGGUGCGGCGCAAGUGAAAGAGAAAGUGUUUUUUAUUUUACGAUAGUCGGAGACACUGGACGUCUAAGGAGAGAGACGCACUUGGAUUUCCAACAGCAUGCGGGAAUGUCUCGGAAAUCUGAAUCUUACAAUUGAACGUAUCGGUUUGUUGUCAACAACUGGUUGCCGAUUCUCUGCAGCGUGACAACAUCGUCAAAAGGGAAAUCAAGAUGGAUUUCUCGAGAGAAGAUCGUGGGGAUAAGCCCCACCACGGCCUGUACAACCAAGGGGCGACGUGUUACCUGAACUGUGUGCUGCAGGUGCUCUUCAUGACCAAAGACUUCAGAGCAGCUGUGGAAAGGCUCGAGGAAGAUCUCCUAAAGACCUUGUUUCGUGAUUUAAAAAGUGGACCUGCACGCACCACGCAAAUCACAAACAAGCUGGGCAUCGACAGAGUGUACGAGCAGCGUGAUGCGGCCGAGUACCUUGUGAAGAUUUUAGGUCUGACCAGUCCUGAGGCCUCACAGAUCUUUCACGGCGUUUUGACAGACCAGACCAAAUGUUCUGCGUGUUCUGCGGAGACCAACUUCGAUGGGCCCUUUUGGCACCUUCCGCUUCCAUUGUUAGAUUCCUACGGCAGACACUACGGCGUGGUGGAUGGCAUUGAGGAGUUUUUCAGAGCUUCAAAAUGCACUGGAGAAAACCAGAUGUACUGUGACGAUUGUGAUGCCAAGACUGACGUUACUGUUAAAAGUGUAAUGAAGCAUCAUCCAGAGGUUUUGAUACUGCUGCUGAAGAGGUUUUAUUUUGACUACCACCACAUGACUUAUGUCAAAAACUGCUGCACUGUGGAUGUUCCCUGCACCCUGCAGAUACCAGAGAAUCAGAUGUAUGAACUGUAUGCAGUUGUGGAUCACUCUGGGAACCUUCGGAGUGGACAUUACACUGCAAGAAUAAAGGAUGAUGAGAGAUGGUAUGAGUUCAAUGACAGCACAGUCAGGCUGCUUAGGUACCAGCCAUUCCAGGUGGAUAACUUUGAGAGAUCCAGCAAUGCUUAUCUUCUUUUUUACAGGAAAAGAAAUGAUAACUGUGAUCAAGACAUCACAGAGUUGUCUCCUCCUGGAGAUUUACUGCCUGCUACCACUGAUACUGAUGACCAAUGUCAAGGUGCUGUACAGAUGAGAGAGGAAGAGGAAGCUGGGGGGACUUCUCAAGAUCUUGAUGACACAUCAGUGGCUGUUUCCACAAAUGAAAAUGAAGAAACAGGAAGUGAAGACGUAGUCAGACCUGAAGGGGUCAGGCUGCCACCUGACCCCAAGUAUAAUGUAGAGGAUGAGGAUAACAGAGUUUAUGCCAGGCAGAGGACACCGUACAAGCAGCAGGAGAAUAUGGAUGUAAUGAAUUCUACUCUUCAAAAUGGAGAUGAAGACAAAUUAAUAACAGACAAUAAGGAGGACAUGGGAGGAAAUGCAGAUGACCAGGCAGAAAUGAGAGAAGGUCAGGCUGAAGAUGAUGUCAAGGAUCAGGAUAAAGACAGUGGAAGUUUAGAUGAUGUUAGACAGAGGAGACCACAGGAGGCUCUGGAGGGAAAUGACCUGCACAACACAUCAAACAUCAAUCAGAGUGAUAAAGUCGGUGACAUGAGCGUGAGACAGGAAUGUCCUGAACAAGUUUGUGUGGACAUGCAGAGGGAUGAGGAUGUUAGGAGAGCCGAGGAUGCACAGACUGAAGGGCGUGAGAGUGAAGGGUUACGUGAUGUUAGCGAGAACGUAAAUGAAGAUAAGACAAGAAGACGAGAUUUUGGCCUUAAAGCUUUUACUGAUGACGGGGAACAGAGAAAUGAAGAAAGGAUGGAAAUAUAUGACAUUGUAGGCAAGGAAGGAACAACUGGAGUGGAUGACAGGCAAAUAAAACAUGACCAGUGCAUUCAGAACUUUAUAAGAGCUGAUGAUAGGAAACAGAAUGUGACAGAAGACGAUCAGGGGCUCAAACGCAGAAGCAGUGGGAGGGAUGAAAUAUGGGAGCAAAAGAAAGAGGAGGAGAAGAGGGAUAUUCAGACAGUCGAGCAGCAAGAGAGAGCAGAUGAUGAACGUGCAAAAUGGAGUGUGGAGAGGCAGACCAAAGAGCAGGGAAACGAGAGAGAUGAAAAUAUUCUAAAUGGAGCAGACUCUUCUGCUUGGCAAGCAGGAUCUGCAGGAAGUAGAAGAGUUGGCAGAGUGGGGAGAGCAGGACCUCAAGAUAAUGAACAUGCAGUGGAAGGAAGGCUUGAUUCAGAGAAGAUGAGCUCCAGUGAAGUUAUGAGAGCUGAGGGAGAAAUUAAGGAAAGCCCUGGUGGCACACUAAGAAGCCCUGAAAUAAAACACAGAAGUAUUGAAGAACCCUCAUGGCAGGACUCCUUGUUAGGGGGUGUUUCCAGGUUAAGACUGAGUGAGCCUUGCCAGAGCCAAGGAACGGAGAGAUCCAGCAAUGCUGAUCUUUUUUACAGGAAAGGAAAUGAUGACUGUGAUCAAGACAUCACAGAGUUGUCUCCUCCUGGAGAUUUACUGCCUGCUACCACUGAUACUGAUGACCAAUGUCAAGGUGCUGUACAGAUGAGAGAGGAAGAGGAAGCUGGGGGGGCUUCUCAAGAUCUUGAUGACACAUCAGUGGCUGUUUCCACGAAUGAAAAUGAAGAAACAGGAAGUGAAGACGUAGUCAGACCUGAAGGGGUCAGGCUGCCACCUGACCCCAAGUAUAAUGUAGAGGAUGAGGAUAACAGAGUUUAUGCCAGGCAGAGGACACCAUACAAGCAGCAGGAGAAUAUGGAUGUAAUGAAUUCUACUCUUCAAAAUGGAGAUGAAGACAAAUUAAUAACAGACAAUAAGGAGGACAUGGGAGGAAAUGCAGAUGACCAGGCAGAAAUGAGAGAAGGUCAGGUUGAAGAUGAUGUCAAGGAUCAGGAUAAAGACAGUGGAAGUUUAGAUGAUGUUAGACAGAGGAGACCACAGGAGGGUCUGGAGGGAAAUGACCUGCACAACACAUCAAACAUCAAUCGGAGUGAUAAAGUCGGUGACAUGAGCGUGAGACAGCAAUGUCCUGAACAAGUUUUUGUGGACAUGCAGAGGGAUGAGGAUGUUAGGAGAGCCGAGGAUGCACAGACUGAAGGGCGUGAACAGUCAGAAAUCAGAGAAGCCUCAACAAGACACUUCGACAGAGAGACAGAGAGUGAAGGGUUACGUGAUGUUAGCGAGAACGUAAAUGAAGAUCUGAGGGAUACUCAGAAAAUUGGACAAGAUUAUGGCCUUAAAGCUGUUACUGAUGACAGGGAACAGAGAAAUGAAGAAAGGAUGGAAAUAUAUGACAUUGUAGGCAAGGAAGGAACAACUGGAGUGGAUGACAGGCAAAUAAAACAUGACCAGUGCAUUCAGAAGUUUAUAAGAGCUGAUGAUAGGAAACAGAAUGUGACAGAAGACGAUCAGGGGCUCAAACGCAGAAGCAGUGGGAGGGAUGAAAUAUGGGAGCAAAAGAAAGAGGAGGAGAAGAGGGAUGUUCAGAGAGUCGAGCAGCAAGAGAGAGCAGAUGAUGAACGUGCAAAAUGGAGUGUGGAGAGGCAGACCAAAGAGCAGGGAAACGAGAGAGAUGAAAAUAUUCUAAAUGGAGCAGACUCUUCUGCUUGGCAAGCAGGAUCUGCAGAAAGUAGAAGAGUUGGCAGAGUGGGGAGAGCAGGACCUCAAGAUAAUGAACAUGCAGUGGAAGGAAGGCUUGAUUCAGAGAAGAUGAGCUCCAGUGAAGUUAUGAGAGCUGAGGGAGAAAGUAAGGAAAGCCCUGGUGGCACACUAAGAAGCCCUGAAAUAAAACACAGAAGUAUUGAAGAAUCCUCACAGCAGGACUCCUUGUCAAACAAGCUUUCUGGUUUAAGACUGAGUGAGCCUUGCCAGAGCCAAGGAACUGCAGAGCCAGUAGGAGCCCAACAGGAGAACAAGACAAAGAGUACACUUUAUUCAAAUACCAAAAAAGAAAAAGAAAAAAAAAGAAAAGCCAGUGGACACCAUGAGAGCAGCUCAGAAGGAAAAAAAAGACGGAGAAAAACUCCAAUGUGUUUUUCUUGUAUAGGGCCGAAAAAUGCAGAGCUGACUUCAGAUUCGGAAUAAGAUGAAGUACGAGACCAUAUAAAGUGAGAGAGGGAGGGUUGUUUUAAAUGAAAGUGCUGAUUUAUUUCAUUUAAUUUUAUUUCGUCAGUCAUGUGAUAGAACUUGACUUUAACAAAAAUGUCAGGGCAAGGAAAACCAAGCUCACAUUCAUAUUCUGUUCAUUUGAAAUUCAGUGACACACUUUUUCUUCUAAUAUUUGUUUUUCUAAUGUUAUGGAUGUUAUAUAUUUUAUGUUGAUCAGUUUGAACUGUUGUGUGGCCAUUUACCUUUGUGUUGUUUAUAUGAUACUGGUGAUAAAUGCUGGUUAUGAUGGCAGGAGAGAAGGGUCCCGUUAAACAAUAUAUUUUGAGCUUUAUGAUCAGUAUGACAUGUGACCCCUUCUUUGAUUAGACUCUCAUGGAAAAAAUUCCAGGGAAAAAUAUCCUUUAAGGGGUAAAUUUCAAGAAAGAAGGAAAUCAUGUGCAGAGCGUCAACAAAAAUAUCAUUAAAAUUACAAAAAACAAGUGUUUAUGAUUAAUGCUAAAUAUGAACGUGGUUGCAUUGUCCUUCUCUUUCAUAAUCACAGAAAUUGCCUUUUGGGGGGCAGAAUGACACUGAUUAUUAGCUCUGACUCUCUGUCGCUUCAACAUGAUUGGUCAGUCUUGUGCCUUACUGCCUGAACUCCACCUGAAACCUGUUCUGAGAAGAACUUCAUAUCAGGGAACCAAUCUCAGAGAUACAAAUACCUUUUCUCUAAGGCAGACACCUGCCCUCAACAAAGCAGUCAAGAAAACAACUCUAACAGCCUUGGUUGUGUCCCUGUUCCUUCCUUUCCUUCCUUUCCUUCCUGUUGAACAGCACUGAGAAUUUCACUUUCGGUCUCUCACAUGGUUACAAGAAAUCACAUGACACCCAGUCAGUCUGUAUUUUUAAUGGUGCUGAAGCUAUAAACUCUGUGUGAUGACUGAUUGCAAUGUGUUAUUUUGCAAUUUUACAUCAUCCUGUUUGUACUACGUGUGGACAAGCUUGUAAAGAAGUAUUGGUCUCAUCACCUGUGAUCGCUUCUGGGAAUAUUCAGAACCAUUAUCAGGUUAACAACAAUGUACACCAUGUGGUGCAUCUUUUUGAAAAUCCACCCUGAUAGUCUUUAUCUUCUGUAAGAUUACAUAAACAAACAAACAAAAACAAGGACUCACACAAACAAAAAUUGCUUUCUGUUUAAACUUCAGCUGUCUGAUGUUCACAUUUGAAAUGUGUGACUUUUGCACAUAAUCUUCGACUCACUGAAAAAUAUGCUCACUGAAUUUUGGCUUCAUCACUUCACUGAGAAUUUUGACGAAACGCAACCUCCUUUUCUGAUUAAUUAUUAAAUCUUUAAUGACAUCAAGUG